AUGGCGCCGCCGCCGAGGCAUGGUUGCAUGCUCCGCGCGGAGGUGGUCAUAUGCAUAUUCCUCGUCAUAGCACCGUUCAGCAUGGCGAUCGGUGUCAACUACGGCACCAAGGGUGACAACCUUCCAUCGCCGCUGUUUGACACCAAGCCGGACAUUAUUCGGGCCUUCGCUGGCACGGGCAUCUCGGUAAUGGUCACAGCAAGCAAUGGCGACAUCCCUGGCCUCGCCACCCAGAACGGCGCCGAUGCAUGGGUCGCUACCAACAUCGCGCCAUACUACCCCGCCACAGAUAUAUCUCUCGUCGCCGUGGGCAACGAGAUCAUGGACACGGCCGACAAGAAUCUCAUCGGCAACCUCGUCCCCGCCAUGCAGACGCUCAAGGCUGCGCUCGUCACGGCUGGCUAUAGCAAAAUUCGAGUUUCCACGCCAAGCUCACUCGGCAUCCUGGUUGACGCCCAGCCGCCGUCCGCGGCUCGGUUUCGCGAUGUCUUGGAUGUUGCCAUCUUCACGCCGAUGCUCCAAUUUCUCCAGAAGACCAAGUCCCCACUCAUCGUGAACACGUACCCGUACUUUGGGUACAACGGUGACACGCUACCGUACGCACUGGCGCGGUCGAACCCUGGCGUGCUAGACACGGGUACGGGUAUCACGUACACGAGCAUGUUUGUGGCACAACUUGACUCGGUGUACUCGGCAAUGAAGAAACUUGGGUUUGAGGACGUGGAGAUCCUCGUUGGGGAGACCGGGUGGCCGACUAAGGCGAUGGACGGGCAGAUCGGCGUGAGCCAGGUCGAGGCAGCUGAAUACAACAAAUAUCUCAUCGGUGCGGUUAGCUCCGGGUCAGGCACACCGCUCAUGCCAAAGCGGAAGUUCGAGACGUACAUAUUCGCGCUCUUCAACGAGGACCUGAAGCCCGGGCCCGUCGCCGAGCGCAAUUUCGGGAUGUUCCAGCCAGACUUCACGCCCAUGUAUGACAUUGGCAUCAUGAAAGAUCCGGUCAAAACAGCGCCGGCGCAAGCGUCGGUCGCCCCGGUGGCACCGCCGAAAGUGGCAGCAACGCCUGUGGCCGCCACUGCUCAUGCCUUGGAGGCUGCGGCGCCUACAGAGGCGAACGGCUCGAACAGCGCCAAGGCAUCCGCGCCUGCAUCGUCGACAGGCAACAAAUCCUCCCCGACGGAGGAAGCGGAAGGAAGCGAUGCUCAGUCAUCCACGAAGAGCGAACCAUCGGAGGCAGCAGCCAAGGUACCCACGUCGACCUCCAUUCAUGCAUGGAUGGUGCUUUCGAUCUCAACAACAGCUAAUUGGUCGUUACCUUUAUUGAACCUGGCCAGAGUGGUGACGACGAAGAAGGAGACAGUGAGAAAACCAAACCCAAGGAAGAAAGUGCAAUGCCGCCGGCGGCCGGAGCUGCUUCGGAAGCCACCAGCUUUCUUUUUCCUAUCCCUUGCAUACUUGCAGUUGCGCUCUGUCUAA